AUGGGCGACGAAGGGGCGGAAAACAACAACAACAACAACUUGGACACGACGUCGUGGUCGGAUUACAUCGCCGAGCUGAAGAUGCUGGGCCGAAUAGCGGCGCCGAUGAUCCUCGUGGGGGCGUUACAGUACUUGCAGCAGACGGUGUCCAUGGUCAUCGUCGGCCACAUCAGCCAGCUGGCGCUGACCACGGUGGCGAUCGCCACCGCGCUGACCAACGUCACCGGGUUCAGCGUCCUGUACGGGAUGACCGGCGGGCUGUCCACUCUCUGCGGGCAGGCCUACGGGGCAGGCCAGUACCCGAAGCUCGGGACCUACACCUACAGCGGCGUCAUCUCCCUGGUCCUGGUCUGCCCGCCCAUCUGCCUGCUUUGGGCCUUCACGGCCCACCUGCUCCGGCUCACGGGCCAGGACCCGGUGGUCUCGCAGCGGGCCCGCGACUUCUCGCUCUGGUCCAUCCCGGCCCUGGUCGGGACGGCGGUGGUGGGGCCCCUGACGCGGUUCCUGCAGGCCCAGAGCGUGGUGGUGCCCAUGCUGCUGACGUCGGCCGCGGCGUUUGGGCUGCACGUGCUGAUGAGCUGGAUCCUGGCGUACAAAGUCGGGAUGGGGGACGUCAGCGUGGCGGUGGCGUUCGGGCUGGCCACGUGGCUGAACGCGGCGGCGCUGGGGCUGUACGUGAAGUAUUCGGCCAAGUUUAAGGAGACACGUGCGCCGUUCACGUGGGGUGCGUUACGUGGCAUCCCGGAGUUCUUCCAGCUCGGCGUCCCUGCAGCUGUUAUGGUCUGUCUGAAAUGGUGGUCGAUGGAAAUAUUGACUCUGCUUUCCGGCCAUCUGCCCGAUCCCCGGUUAGAGACAUCCGUGCUCUCUGUGAGCCUUACCAUCACAACAUUGCACUUGACAAUCCCUCUGGGGUUAGGAGUUGCAGUAAGUACUCGGGUGGCGAAUGAGCUGGGAGCAGGGAACCCGAGAUCGGCGAGGCUAGCAGUAGUUGUAGCAGUGUCCAUUGCAGUAGUGGAAGCAUCCAUCGUCAGCAUAGCUCUGUUCUGCGCAAGACAUGUUGUGGGUUACGCUUUCAGCAGCGACCCACAAGUGGUGAGCCAUAUGUCGACUCUCAUUCCUCUCAUCUGCGUUUUCGUCGUCAUGGACAGCCUCCAAGGCGUCCUCUCUGGGACAGCAACAGGGUGCGGGUGGCAGAAAGUAGGAGUGUACAUGAACUUGGGAGCGUUCUACUUGGUUGGGCUCCCACUGGGAUGCUCCCUUGGAUUUGCGACUCGUUUACAAGGGAAUGGGUUCUGGAUUGGGAUAGUGGCAGGGUCUGUGGUUCAGGCAUUGCUUCUCUCUGUUUUCACCUGUUUCUUGGACUGGAACAAGCAGGCAAGCAAGGCUAGGGAGAGGGUAACUACUGGUAGCAGCAGUCACUAACUUUUCUCACCAGGAUUCAUGGUUGUCUACUUUUAAGCUAUGACCUUUUUCCAGUAACGUUCUCAGAGAACCAAACUGAACUAGCAGGUUACUGGUAUUUAACUAGGUUUCAUUUUCCUCGCACAAUGAUUGAAUUCGGAGGAUUGUAGGGAGAAAUGGGCAAGA